AUGUCGCCCGCUCCUUCUCUUGUGUCUGGGGCGAUUCCAGCUUCAAUCUUCCUCAUUCUCAGCCUGGCAUGCUUUUACCUUAUGGACAUUGUCAGCUUGAUCAUCAAGUUUCCUUCGCCAACAGCUUCCGGCUUCUUCGAAUGGGAUAACGGUACGUUGCCAAUUCUAGACAACUUCCAUUGGCUUCGCCCCUUGGAUCCUGUUAUUCGCGAGAUUACGCCUGGCUUCGCACCUAGCAGCUUCGGCUACGACGACUUUGGGGGCGGAGGGGUCAUUGUUCCUGUGUACUACUUCGCCUAUCUGGCCUUUACUCCACCCACUCGAUCACAACCACUGUCUGAACGCAAGAUUGACAUCCAUGGUGCCAUAAUUUGGUCAGUCCUCGUGGUAUUGUUCCAUGUCAUUCCUGUGGUAGGAAUAAUGUUCGAUACCACCCUCGAAGACCGACAUUGGUGGACGUGGUUCUGGCAACUCUACUCCGUACGAAUCACGCUGUCAUGGUACAUCAUUCGAUUCUUCGGCUGGUUCAUCACACUCCCGACGCUGCAUAGCACAUUGAGCUACCGAACGAAGACCACACUUAUCCUGGCCCCUUUCAUUGCGAUCGCAUUAGGGUUUUGGACAUAUACUGCCUUGUACUGCCCGUACUCUCUUUCGAUGAUCUUCUUUCCGUAUUCUUUGGCAGUAGACACGUGGGUAUCGCGCAUGCGGCGCCUCUUGCAGUUCGAUCAACUUUUUAUUUUCGGAAGCUCUGUGCUUUGGGUUGCCAUGGACAUGCGACGGAAUGGUUCGUCGAGCGCAAUCAAGAUUCUGUUCGCGGCUGUAGUGUUGGCAGGUGUUGUGGGUACGGGAGCAAGUUUUGGGCUCGUGUGGCUCUGGAGGGAGUGGCAGCUUGUCAGUGACGGAGAGAAGGAUACAUCUAAGACAGAGUAG